UAUCUAUCUCUCUCUCUCCAAUGCGACAUGACCCCACCCCAAUCAUGGAUGCUCCCCUCGCUCGUCCCGGAGGAUCUAACUCUCGACGGCCCAUCUCCACAAACCCACCUUGAGAUAGUGGAGAUCCUCGACGAAGCCGCCGCUGAGAUGAGUCAAGAGGAGAGCCACCGAAAGGGCGUCAAGCCCAACGUCCUCAUCGAGCUGUUGUGCAGGAACACAGCCUCCGGCGCGCCAGCGAUGGUGCAAAUGUACGUCCAGAUUCCCGUGACAGGCACGGAGUGGCAGCCGCCAAGCAAGCGGGCCCGUCAAGCCGUCGAUACCACGCAGGGCCCCGGAGGCUGGGUGCCGGGAGGGUACGUGCUUUACAUCGCCCUGACAACUGUCCGUGAAGAGGACGGGGGUAUGGUUGCGCUGUCGACCGGUGGGAUUGGCGAGGGGGCGUUUUACGAGAUGUCGCCGGCCGCGAGAGCGCAAGUUCGUUUGGCGUUCAAAGCUGCCUUUACCUCCUUCGGCCGGCACCGGAUCGUGCCAUCGACCAUGUGGGUGCCCAGUCGGCUGUUCUGGGAUCCGGUCACGCAGAAGAUCUUUUUCGUAGGAGACUUCGAGAGAACCGAGAGAGAAUGGAAGUGGGACGAUGAGGAGUUUCGACGAUGGAGAAUCUCAGAGGAAGCCUACGAAAGAGCCAUGCGCCACCGGCAGAGAUACACCCGCUAGUUGAGCUCUCACGAGCCAUCUUCUUCAAUUCACGCGCUG